AUGACACCAGCAGAAGAAGCUCCUGAAGAAGAGGAGAGGCCCAGAAUAAAACUAACUGCUCCUAAAAUACCAGAGGGUGAGAAAGUAGAUUUUGAUGACAUCCAAAAGAAAAGGCAGAACAAAGACCUGAUUGAACUACAGGCCUUGAUUGACAGCCACUUUGAAGCCAGGAGAAAGGAAGAGGAAGAGCUGGUUGCUCUCAAGGAGAGGAUUGAGAAGCGUAGAGCUGAAAGAGCAGAGCAACAGAGAAUCCGGGCUGAGAAGGAGAAGGAGCGUCAGGCAAGGCUUGCAGAGGAAAAAGCACGGAGAGAGGAAGAAGAUGCCAAGAGAAAAGCUGAAGAUGAUCUCAAGAAGAAGAAGGCUCUGUCCUCCAUGGGUGCCACAUACAGCAGCUAUCUGGCUAAGGCUGAUCAGAAGAGAGGAAAGAAGCAAACAGCUAGAGAGACAAAGAAGAAGGUCUUGGCAGAGAGGCGCAAGCCCUUGAACAUUGACCACCUUAGUGAAGACAAGUUGAGGGACAAGGCUAAGGAACUGUGGGACUGGUUAUACCAACUGGAGACUGAAAAGUAUGACUUUACAGAACAGAUCAAGAGGAAAAAAUAUGAGAUUGUCACCCUCAGGAACCGGAUCGAUCAGGCUCAGAAGCACAAGAAGGCAGGAGCAGCCAAGGGCAAGGUUGGCGGGCGUUGGAAGUAA